CUGGAAUUGCGUCUUCAGAGGUGUGAAACAGCGGGGAUAGAAGUUGUAAUUAAACCAUUAACGCCGUCGUUUAGCGGGAUUUCUAAGUCCCAAGCAAGAACCAUGCAGGAUCCUGGAAAGAAGAAUUUGGCCAAUAGAAGGGCGUCAGUAACAACAAAAUACACGGAUUCUGACCAAGAGGAAAAGGAGGAGAAAAUCAAUGGUUUUGUUCAGAAAAAGGGUGCAGCUCUUUCUGACCAUGAAACUCGGACUUUAAGAACCAAGCUACACAUUGUGCAAGAAGAACUUGAUCUGCUUUGCAAUGAAUAUCAUAGUAAGAAUGAUGAAUUUGACAAGCUAUUUGAAACAAAUAGGAAGCUGGGCAGUGAUCGAGCCAGACUGCAGAAGACCAUUAAUGUCCAGAAAAUACAAAUCGAGGAACAAAAAGCUACAAUCAAAGAGCUUGCCCAAAAAUGUCAUAAUCUUCAUCUGGAAGUGUAUGAGUUAAGCAAGCUGAUUAGGGGAUAUGAUGAGGAAGUGGAGAAGAUGAACUCCCAACUGACUGCAGCCAAUCUGGCAAGGAAGAAGAAGAUCCUGAGCAGUGAAGAAAAUCUAACGAUAGAAAAUCUGCUGGCUGAGAACAAAAACCUUAAGAAGCAAAAAUAUGAUCUUAUUUUGGGUUUCAAGAAGCAAACCAAGCUGAUCGACAUUCUGAAAAGACAGAUAAUGCACCUUGAGGCAUCAAAGCUGCUGUCCUUCACGGAGGAGGAGUUCAUCAAGGCCAUGCUGGAGACAGAAUAAAUAUGAUCCUCACUGUC